UGAAAUAGCCAAUGAACAGGUGACUUACGCUGUUUUUUGCCAAGGUGGGUAUAGGAACAGACGACUGCUGACUCCUGUUAGUAGGCUGAGGCCUUUCCCUGCCUAUAGUUCAUGGUUGGUACCCAGGAACCCAGACGUGGCCCCUGGUGCCCCUAGUGUGGGCACCUGUAGUCUGCCCAGCUCCACGUGCCCGCCGCACCAGCCAGUUUCAGGAUGACGAGAAUUUGCAGGCGUGGACCGGUGUUGUAGUGGGUGGCGGGGCGAAGCUGAGUGGCUGAGGUGGGCGAGGUGGGGGUGAUGGCCAUGGAGGGUUACAGUGUUGUGUCAGAGGCAGUGGUGCAGCGGGUGUUCUGGGUCGACUGGUUCCACCAUACCCCUCAUAUUAACCUCACACUCCACCCCGUCAAUGAUACCUUCAGUCCCCUCUCGCCUAUCUACCAAGAGAGUCUUGGUAUUAUUGGGUCAGUUCCUGCUGGCGUGUUGAUCCUGACAUUGUUGGUGCUGCUGCUGUACCUGUUGACGCGAUGCUGCGACAACCGACCCCGCAAGCCAGGCUCCAUAACCUGUCUGAAGGUUAUGUUGGUCCUCUUUGCCAUAUUUACACUGGGUGCAUUAGGGGUGAGUGUGUGGGGCAACGAAGAAGUUCACGAAGGUGUGACUCAGUCUGUCCGCUCUCUUGACAACAUCAACAGCAUGGUCCACUCACUCAGCAAUCAGACGAAACUGUUCGACGAAACGAUCCGAAGGAAUUUACAGCCACAAUUAAACCUCUUCAAGGAGACAAUCCAGUCGGGAAAGAUCAAGAAUGCAACCGUUGAAAUGUUUAUCAUUGAGAGUCUACACUAUAUGCAGGGCAACAUAUCUGAGGUCCUUCUCAUCAAUGUUGAGGACAUAAAUGCCAUGCUGUGUCGUCUAGGAUACACAGCCAAACUCCAGAUGUCAGGAGCAGAGAUGGGAGGUAUGGUUCGCCUACUUGGAGUAGGAGAGUUAGGGAGAUGGGUGGCGACGCUGGGGAUCACAGGAAUGCUCAUGAUGAUUGUGUUGGUUGUCAUGAUUGGUGUCGCUCGCCACUCACGAUGCACGCUAAUUACGUUCUCGGUUCUGGGUCUUCUUGCCAUGAUCCUGUGUUGGGGUUUGACUUCAGUCUACCUGGUGGCUUCUGUUGCUCUGUCAGAUUGGUGUAUGGAUCCCAAUCCUUUCCUUGAGGAUCAGCUCAGCAAACUGGUAUCAAAAGAUGUCGCUGCUUACUAUCUACGAUGCGAUCCAACACGACCAUCACCAUUCACUCGUUACCUAACCCAUGCUCAACAGGCAGCGAAUCUUGUAUUAGACUCCCUCAAUAAAGUCACCCGUAUUGCAGAUGUUUAUUACGAACGAAAAGAGAUUCACCCUCGCUUGGACCAUUUAGGGGCAUUUGUGAACCAGUCGCAGCGUAGUCUGGGAGGUGUAGCAGCAUUGUUGGAGUGUCAGUCUCUGCACCACCACUACCGCACAGCCCUCAAUGCUACGUGCUACCAAGCUAUGUCUGGUGUAGUGUACCUACUUCUGUCAGCUGCUGGAAGUGGUUUGCUCUUCACCAUUUUGGUCUGGAUUACAUCCCACACUUGGAUCUACCUCAACCACAAAAGAGGCUCAACUAGGUCCAGUUCCACACAGCCAAGCGGCAAGAAUAUACAAGCUGUCAGAGUUUGGCUCAACACUCCACCAUCCCAUCCAGCAGCUAUUGUAGCUGAACCUGGCGUAUCAGAAGAACGUGACCCAUUCUUACCAGGCCGAGGGUCAAGAGGAGGAACACUGACUUCUCUUGGGGCACCUGGUUACUCGAGACCCCGUCACUCGCACACACCACCUCAGACGCCACCAUUUCCUGGGACUUUAAAUGGUCGACUGUACCACAGCGAUGGAAUGGGUAGCAUGGGAGGAGGAAGUGGGUCAGCCCCAACAACAGUAAGUACAAUGGGCCGCAAUGACAACCACCACAACCAUCACCACCACACUCACAGUCAUAGUCACUCUCUGGGGCCCAACCAUGGCCAGUAUGCCACUCUGUCCAAGCAGUGCAAGACUCUCGAAUCAUCUGACUUCUACUAAAGGAUAUUGGCUCACUAACUAACUGCAUGGUUCUCUUCAUGGUGUUGCUGGAUUCUUAAUUGUGCCAGUAUUAAAACUGUAGACAAGUUUCAAAGUCUUCAUGAAAUUCACGGAAUCUUGUGGGGAAGCAUGUGGAGUACAUUAGUGUUCACCAGAAUUUUAAGGAGAUAUAUUUUUUCUAUCCUUUAAGAUAGAAUUCUUGUGGUCAUAAUAUACAGUAAUAUGCCAAAGGAUAUGAAACGCUUGUAUCUAGUAGGGGAAGAGUGUCUUCAGUCUUUCUGUAUGUAUUUAAGAACAAACAAGUGUAUUGUAAGAAGUCUUGUAGAUAAAGAUGCUGGGAGAAACUACUAUUUCAUUUUGUUUCAAUGUGAUGCAGUUGGCCAUUUUUUAAUUUGUUUGGAUGUUAACUAACUGCACUUUAUCUACGAGUGGCUUGGUUAAGUUAUUGAAUGUAGAAUAAUAGUUGCAGUAUGUGUGCAUGCUUCCUUUGCAGGGUUUGAAUCUUGAAUACUUGCAUUUUAUUCCUAUUAGUGUUCAAGAUCUUCUUUUUUUUAAUCGGUGGAAUAUGCUGUUUAAAUUGUGUUUUUCUGAGAAUAUAUAUGGCUUAGUAUGCUGUAAGAAAUUAUGAAAUUUUUUGAAGUUGUAAAAAAAUAGCCUUGAAUGUUAUUUGGUAAUUACCAGUUAUUAUUGAUGCAUAAGAAAUCGUCAAGAUUUUUGGACUAGCUGAAGUUCAUCGGCUACACAUGCUACAGACUGUUUUUCAGUAUUCGGGACCAAUAGUUGAGUACUUGGUCUUGAUAGUGCCAUUUUGUAAAUACUGUAUAGCAGAAUAUUUAUCUGGGGGUUAAUUUGGAUUCUCAAAGGUACUUUGUUUUUUAUGAGAAUUUAUUUAUAAUUCAUUUGGUGCUGUCUCCAGACUUUCCUGUUAUCACAAAAGAUGUCUUUAUUUUUUGUAUGCAGCUAGUUAAAAGGUGAUUUCAUAAAUUCGUAAAUAACUUAAAUUUCAGUGUGGUUAUUUUCUUUAGCGGGGCAUUUUUUGUUAGCUAAACUAUCUCCUUAUAUGAAUAUUAGAGGCAAACUUAUCUUUAUAAAUGCUACAAAUUGUUAUUACUUGGUAAGUUCUUGAUAGGUGUGUGAGUUAUGAUUUAAUGAACAUGAAUUUUCUUCUGAACAAAUUUGAGGGUUGAAAGUUAGGUAGAGUAGAAGGCUGUAAAGAUGAAUAGCUGGUUUACUGCCAGAGCAAGACGUGUGUGAAAUGGUAAUGCCAGUUGUCGCAUAUAUGGCUUGUCUCUCACAUGUUUAAGCAAAUGAAAUAUUUUCACCGCAAAGCUGUAAUCUUAAGAAUCUAGAAGCACUGUACUUUUUACAUUAUUCAAUAUUUUGUGAAAUAUUUUGAUUUUUAAAUUUUGAAAUAUUUUGAAACAAUUUGAUUUCAGAAUGCAAUACAAGGGAGUGGAACAUGCUGUGUUAAUUACAGGUGCCAAGUUUCUUAAUUUUACUUCAUAGGGGAUAACAAAAAUCUUACUCCACUAAUUAAUAUUUAAGGGGAUAUAUAUAUACAGUAUAUAUAUAUAAUUUUGAAUUUUCUAAGGUCAUAUCAUCACACUGAAUGAUGAAAAAUAAAAAACAUUGGCAGUCAAUUUUGUUCAUAAAAUAACCAAUACGAUAAAUAUAAACAUUUGGUUGGUAUUUGUUCUUUAAAUUGAGAAACAAACUUAGUUUGUCAUUUUUUUAGAUAAGUAAAGACAAAAGAAUUAUCCUAAUUUAUUUUUAAUAAAUUUUGUCAGGGGACAGGCAGCCUGUAUACAUAUACAUGUUAGGCUUAUAUCAAGGUCCCCACCCCUCCUCCCCUUAGGUUGAACUACUGACACUCCCCAGGAUGGAACCCCUACAGCAAGCUAAAUAACUCCUGGGUGCCUAUUUACUGCUAGGUGAACAGAGCAUUAGGUGAUAGGAAUUGUGCCCGACCAUUUGUCUCAUCUGGGGUUCAAAUCUAGACUUCCCAAUUGUGCACCGAGAACAAACCCGACUAUACUACAGGGACACACAUCGUAUAUACCACAUAUACAGACACAUCACUAUGUAUAAAAUAGUGGUAAUAGACAAAAUUGAUUAGAAUUCUUAAAACCUGGAACUUCAAGAGUAAAAGGUCAUAGAUUUAAGCUACGGAAACAAAGAUGCCGAAAGAACACUAUAAAGUUCACUUUUGCCAAGUGGUAGAUGGUUAGAAGAAGUUUGAGUGAGAAAGAGGGAGAAGGCCAAAACUGUCAGUAGUUUCAAAGUGUUAUGGGAUGACGGGACACCACGAACUAAGUGUCUCGUCGUGUAACUAUCUUGAGGUGAUUUUGGGGCUUAGUGUUCCAGCAGCCCGGUCCUCAGCCAGGCAUCCUUUCUGUUACACACCCAGGAAGCAGCCCGUAGCAGCUGUCUAACUCCCUGGUACCUAUUUACUGCUAGGUAACAGGGGCAUCAGGGUGAAAGAAACUACCCAUUUGCUUCCGCCUCCACCGGGGAUUGAACCCGGAACCUCAGGACUACGAAUCAGCAGCACUGUCCACUCGGCUGUCAGGCCCUCCAUCAAGCAACUAAACUUAGGUAAUUACAUACAUACAGUAUAUAAAUAAAUCUAAUUUUUACUUGUCUAAGUAAAUGACAAACUAAGUUUACUUUUAAAUUUUAAGAACAAACUUCAAACAUCAAGCAAAUAUCACUUUCAUUUUUUGAUAUUAUGUUUUAAAAUGUUUUUAGUAAAUGUUUAUUACUGUAUUUGCAUUUAGUUUUAUAUACAGUAUACACCUUUAUAAUUUUUUGUUAAUAUGACAAAUAGAUACAUUUUCUAUCAACUUUUCAUGAAGGUAUCGAGUAUGAUUUUGUCUCUAAUGGUCCUGGUGCAUUUGUAAUGCGUCGUUUUUGCAUUACUUACCAUAUUGAUCUUGGUUACUCAGGAUUUGAUGUUCUAGAUUUAAAUCUAUCUUUGUCUUCAAACAUUU